AAGAGACGGCAUGCUUUUGAAAUGUCAAACGAUCAACCGAAGAUUUUACCUGAAGCGGCUCUGGAAAAAUGCGGACUGUGAAUUGUGUGAGAUGCUCGCAGAGAAAUUGCUUUUUACCUGCGUUGUGCACCGCAUUCUAACUGUUUGAUCUCAGUUACCUGUGAAGUGCCUCUUUCGUUCCAAGCGCCCACAAACCGUUCCCGCAUCAUGAGUGAAUUGAGAACGCCACGCAAAACCGUUACCCACAACCACCAAGCGCCAGGGAAGGAGGCUUUCGAUUCGUCCUCGGACGAGGAUGGCUAUCUUUCGUCCUUUAAUUGUUCCGAAGACGGAGGAACGGCGCUAGACGGAAGCUUACUGGAUGAGAUGCCCCCGUUCUCUGCCUUCUCGCUGUCGCCGUCCGCACGAUCCUUAUCGCCCAUCGAGAUGGAGUCCUUCGAUUCGGUGCCCUCGACGCCCACACGGAGCAAGGAAUUCGUCGGCUGCAGUACCCCCAUCUUCAACAAGUCUGCCCCGGAUGGCGGGGAGACGGACUCGAGCCAGCCUGCCGAAGGGUUUGUUUCGCUGGACGAAAUACAUGCCCGCAUCGGAUUAACCCCGCCAGAUUCCCACAAAAGCCGUUCGCGCCUUAAUUUAGAAACUAUCUUCGAGGGUGUAUUUCUGGAGACACCGCCAAAGAAAGAGUUCCAAUCGACGGGAAACCUGCUUCGUCGGUCGAUUAAAAAUAGGGCGUUACAGUUCGAUAAGGUCGAUCAGCCCAAGGAAGCCUCGAAUGUGCAACGUUUGUGUUCGUAAAUUUAAUAGCCAUCAGCUAGUUAGCCUUAAUUAAUUCUAAUUCUAAUGAUGCAGGAGGAGAAGCAACCUUGUGCAGCUGGAGUUCAGGACCGUCCUGCGCGAUCCUCAAUGCACAAAGACUCUCGAGAAGAUGAAGACUCAGAGAAGAUGUUUGUUAAUAUGUUUGCUCUCUGUUAGAAUUGUUGGGAA